AUAUUUUAGUAUUUAAUAUUUGUUAUUUUACUAUUUGAUUAUUGUUGACCACGAAUACUAAAAGUUAAAACUAAACAAAUAAUAAUUAAAUAUAAUAUUUAUUAAUUCACUGUUUUGAAUUACGAUUUUCCGCUCGAAUAAUUUACUGUGGGUUUAGUUUUGUAUGUUAUUUGUAAUUGAUAAGUAUUGUUUUAGUAUAAUUGCCUAUAAUUCAAAAUAUUGUAUAUAUUUUAUAUGUGAUUUAACUAGUGAAUUAUUACAUUUUGAAUCUUGAUCAAUAUUGAAUGCAAGCAGAAUGCAAUCAGAAACGCCAAAGAAAAUAUUUUCCAGUCUUCUGGUAAUAAUCCUUGAUGUUAACCCAGCUCAAGAUACUUUACUUAGUGGAGAAAUAAAGCUAUCAUCCAUACUUAGUUCUGUAGUUGCUUUUGCUAAUUCUCACUUAAUGCUUCGAACCCAUAAUAAAGUUGCUGUACUUGCAUCUGACCCAAAUAGUUGUGAUUUUAUAUAUUCCGAUCAAGAUGAACUUGAUUUUAAAAAGAAAACAGUCAGUAGUUGUAAAAUGGGUGGAAGCCAAUAUGAAUUGUUCAGUCACAUAGAUCGUUCUAUCAAAUUUAACAUUGUGAAAUUUCUCAAGGAUGCGGCAGAAGAACCACAUAUGUCUAGAGAUACCGUCUUUGGAGCAUCUUGUGCUAAGGCUUUAUGCUAUAUAAACAGAUUACAAAGUAAUCUAUUUCCGGGCGAAACAAUGAAUUCAAGAAUAUUAAUUAUAUCUGGUUGUGAUAAUGAAGGAGACAAAUACAUACGUUGUAUGAAUACAUUUUUCACAGCUCAAAAACAAAAUGUAGCCAUUGAUGUAUGUAGUCUUACACAUGAUGUCACUCUUUUAAAACAAGCAUGCUACAUCACAGAAGGUUCAUAUUUUCGUAUGCCUAAAUUAGAGGGAUUAUUACUGUAUUUACAGUGGAUAUUUUUGACGGAACCUUCUUCUAGGAAAAAAUUAGUUAUACCAUUAGCUCCACAGUUAGACUUCCGACCUUUUUGUUUUUGUCAUGGAACCCUAACAGCAAUUGGUUUUGUGUGUUCAUUAUGUUUAACUAUUUAUUGCAAAAUAAGUCCUAUUUGCACAACUUGUGAAGCAGUUUUCAAAGUACGAUCAGCCAUUGCAGUCAAACCUAAAAAGAAGAAAAUUAAAACAACAAGUGUAAAUAAUUAAGUUUAUUUUCAACUUGAUUACCAUAAUUUUUAUAAUCAUUUUUAGAAAUAUAAUAAAAAUAUGUUGAAUAUUAUUAAUGUUGUAAAAUGUAUUAUUUACUUAAACUUGUAUUUUAUAAAUUUUACUAAUUAUAAUAAGUGGUUUUUUAAAUUGUACAACACAAAAAGAAAAUCUUAUAAAUUUAAAAUUUUCUGAAGACUGCUCUCAUUCAAUAUAUUUUCUAAUAAAAUAAUGUGUUAAAACAUGUGCCCUGUAUUAUUUUUUAGUAGCAAUUGACUUAUUGAUUUAUCACUAUACAUACUAUGAUUUAAAGUAUAUAGGUUGGUAGUAUAUUACAUUCAACUUUUCAUAAAGAUUUUGCUUUUUUGAGAAAAAAAAGACCAAGAAACUAGUUACAAUAAAAAAAUAAAAACUAAAUUACCUAUAUAAUUUUAUAUUAAAUAUGAAAAUUUAAGAAAAUAAUUCAAAUUGCUUUUGUUUAAAAGCAAAUUUAAGUUUAUUUAAAUAUAUAUUAUAAAUAUUUUUUUACAUAUCCUAAUUUAGAUUAAUUAAAAGGCCGU